AUGUCACAGACUUCGCCAGCUUCUGCCCCGUUAACGCACGAUGGUCUUCGGCCAGAGACCCGCGGGUUGCCCGACAAGAAGCGAGCUCGCGUGGACGAUGAAGCACCGUCAGCCGAGGGUCCUGAUCCCGUGCAUCCUCGGCCGCUCUCGUGGCAGCCCUCUGCGCCAGUAGAACCCCCGUUGCAAGCUGCCCAACUUCGCUCCAUCGGCGUCCAUUCUAUUCUGAACCCCCCCGCCAAAUCCGCUCCGGCUGCACUGACGGAUCUGGGUAGAGACGGGCUGAGUCUGGGACGGCUGCAGCCGUCUGCCUCGUCAUCCUCUGCUUCGUUGUCUUCUGCUCCCUCCUCCCAUGUCCGAAUGCCCUCUUCGCCUACAGUCCGUCUGGCCUCUCCAUCGAUACAGCACGCAAAACGGCCUUCCCUCUCGCCGGGGUUGAUGAGCCGCCAGAUCAUCGCACCUGCCUCCCCCACUGCUCGGUUCGUGGGAUCCGCCGGGCCCUAUGCCCGGAAAACUAACACAUCACAGUCUCCCUUGGUGCAGUCCCCCUUGGCUCAGGAGUCACGGCCGGGUCUGUACCGGAUGGCUUCUGGAUCCCCCCUGCCCAUGGACUCGAGUCAUAUGUCCGACAGUCAGGCUCCAGUGGCCGCCUCCAUCCAUUCCACGCCAACGUUUCACAGCCGUCGAGUCAGCACCAACCCGACCCCGACCCCCAGCUCGCACGAGGCGAGCCCUACAACGCCCGUGUCCGUCUACAGUCCGUUCGGACGAUCGUCACCCGCGAUCACGGGCCUCGGUGUGACGCAACCGGCCUCAUUCGUCCAGUUACCUCAAUACGGGACAGCAGAGCCGGUCAGCCGACUGCCGUCGGUAGUGCCCGGUCCUCUACAUGCAGGGAACGAGCAGGCGGCCAUGGGGGGAUCGGCCCCGAACACCCCACCGGUGCCGGGGAUGAUCCCGUGCAUUCUGGAUCUCAAGUCCGGGUCAUCGAGCCAAGCGGAGAAGCGCAAGGCGAACAGCGACGCCUCAAGACGGUUCCGCAACCGAAAGCGGAACGAGAUGCAGAUGGAGCAGAAGAUCACCGCGCAGCAGGACGAGAUCCGUAAGCAGCAGGAGAAGAUCCAGGCGCUGAUGCAGGAACGCGAUCAUUAUCGGUCCGAGCGGGACUUCUAUCGCGAACAUGUCAACCGGCUGGUCCCGCCGGGCCAGAUCCCGCCCCGGCCAGCCUCCCCGGCCGCAUGUCGAUCGACCUCGGAGCGAGACGCGGAGACCACAUGGUCCGGUGGUGAGACGCGAGCUGCCGUGGGCCCAGCGGGCCAUCUCAACCCCACUGGAUCACCGCUGGGGUCGAGCUCGCACUCGCCGGGCAGCUGGCACAAUGGAGCCUCUUAUCCCGCGCCGGCCGAACGAAACAUGGUGUCCAACGAGCCGCAGACGAGACCGAUGUCGCAGCUGUCGGAGAGUUGGACCCGUUCCUGA